UGUAGCGCGGUGCAGCGGCCCCCAACUGGACCUGAGGAUGCCGGACGAAGAGGCUACGGGGGACACACGAGGCAGACACCCCCUGGAGUUUCAGCUGCAGUCAGCCUCAACCUCCAGAUUGUCCACAACUCGUCUGGAUGCAGUGGAUGGAGCCUCAAUUCAUCUCAACCCCAUCGACCAACCCCCUUUUACAGGACCAUCUCAUCUCCGGCCCGAGCCGCAUCGAGCAAGCACGCACGCGAACACGCACGCACACACGCACGUUGCGUUGCUCAAUUCGACACCUCUUCUUAUCCUCUGUUUCCAUGGCUGUCAAAGAUAUCGCCCCAGUCUCGUGACGCUCCCGUCGCGAUCCCUGUCCAACAUGUUCUCCAGCUUGACCACCAAGCUGGCCCUCAAGAAGGCCGGCCUGUCCAGCGACAUGCUGGACUUCUCCGGCCCGGCCCGCCCGCCGCCGAACAAACUCAGGAAGAAGCCGCCGAGCCAGCUCGACAACGACGACGACAAUGCCGGCUGGAGCGGCUGGAUGUCGGUCAAGUCGCUGCCCUUGAGCGUCCAGCCGUGGCUCAACCCGCCGCCGCCUCCAGUCCACGUUGCCCGCGUCCCCGGCAUUGGCGACAAGGCGCCGCAGGACAUCGAGAAGAAGCUCGUUGUCGGUGGCGGCCGCCGGGUUCUGCUCGUCUUCCUGCGGUGUGUUGGCUGUGCGUUUGCCCAGAAGACGUUUCUCAAUCUUCGCACCCUCGCUAACCGCCACGGUGAUGCUCUGACGUGCAUUGCCGUGUCCCACUCCUCUGACCAGGCCACCAAGAAGUGGGUCGACAUGCUCGGAGGCGCCUGGAGCGUCCGCGUUGUCAUUGACGAGGAUCGCGCCCUCUAUGCUGCUUGGGGCCUCGGCCUGGGCAACAUGUGGUACCUCUUCAACCCGACCACCCAAGUGCAGGGGUGGAAGGAGACGGGCUGGCUCGGCGAUAAAGUUGCAGGCGCCAUUCAGCGCAACGGCAUCAAGGAGAAACCAAGCCCAACUGCUAGCGGGCCUGGGGGCGAGGAUGGAGACGACGGUCCAAUGACUGUCAUGGGCAACAAGUGGCAGGAAGCCGGUGCGUUUGCAGUUGAUGGCACGGGGACGGUCAUCUGGGGUGGCAAAGCGCUUCGGGCAGAUGAUGUCAUGGACUUGGACUAUGGGGCGAGAAUAUUGAUGGCCUAGGAUGGAUAGAUGAUGGUAUUGAGACAAUGCAUGAUAUGAGGUGAGGAUAAACGCAUGAGGCUGGGAGUUUGGCGCAGAUGUGUCUUGGGGGUUAGUUGGAUAUACAGAUGCUUAGUUUCGUCAAUAUCGGUUUACAUCAUUGCUGAAAUGUCGCAGAAUGUUGUUCGUGUAAAGAUGUAUGAGUGUGAGUUGCUGUUAGAAUAACAGCUGAUCAACUCAGUAUCGGAUAUGAACUCAGUACUUCUUGGUACAUUUGAGACUCCUAUACCACGAGGGAGGUGAGAACGGACACAGCUCUGGGAUCUGUCAC